AUGGCUGCCAGAACCCUGCGCAUAGGUCUCAUUCCCGGCGAUGGGAUUGGAAAAGAGGUCAUCCCGGCUGGACGACGAAUCCUCGAGGCCUUGCCAGCAUCCCUCAAGCUAAAAUUCGAAUUCGUCGAUCUCAAAGCUGGCUUCGAGACAUUCGAGCAGACCGGAGCAGCUCUGCCAGACAAGACCGUCGAGAUCCUCAAGAACGAAUGCGAUGGCGCUCUGUUUGGUGCUGUCAGCUCCCCCUCCAAGGCUGUCAAAGGCUAUUCAUCUCCGAUUGUCGCCCUGCGCAAACGCCUUGAUCUCUAUGCCAAUGUUCGACCUGUCAAGAGUGUCAUGACGGCAAAGAAUCCGAUUGAUAUGGUAAUUGUGCGGGAGAAUACAGAGGAUCUGUAUGUCAAGGAGGAGAGGACGUAUGAGGCAGCGGAUGGCAGCAAGAUCGCCGAGGCUAUCAAGCGGAUAUCUGAGAAGGCCUCGUUCAGGAUUGCUACAAUGGCUGGAGAGAUUGCUCUGCGAAGACAAAAGAUUAGGGAGAGUGGAGCUCCGAGCAUACACAAGUCGCCAAUGGUUACGAUCACUCACAAGUCGAAUGUUUUGAGCCAAACGGAUGGCCUCUUUCGAGCAACUGCACGCGAGGCUCUCGCGGCUUCGAAGUUCUCAAGUGUAGGCGUGGAGGAACAAAUCGUGGAUUCUAUGGUUUACAAGCUGUUUCGCCAACCAGAAACGUAUGAUGUGAUCGUUGCGCCGAAUUUGUAUGGAGAUAUUUUGUCAGACGGAGCGGCAGCUUUGGUUGGAUCUUUGGGUUUGGUGCCAAGUGCUAAUGUUGGAGAGGGAUUUGCAAUUGGCGAGCCAUGCCACGGAAGUGCUCCAGACAUCAUGGGAAAGAACAUUGCCAACCCGAUUGCCACGUUGAGAAGCGUUGCGUUGAUGCUGGAGUUCUUGAACGAGGAGACGGCCGCGGCGAAGAUUUAUGCUGCGGUUGACGGAAAUUUGGAGGCAGGCAAACUUCUGAGUCCUGACUUGGGAGGAACUGCUACCACAACCGAGGUGGUUGAAGAUAUCCUGAGACGUUUAUAG